UGCAAUUUUAAAUUAUCUUUUGGAUAUGAUUUUCAGAAAUUAUGUUUAACUUCGGUCUGCUCCUCUUAGCAGGAGUAACUAUGGGUCAUCCCUACGGAGUUUACAACAACUACAACCAACAUGGAGUGCCAGCUUAUAAUCAUGGAGGAUACGGAUAUGGAGCCCCUGUAGUUCAACAGCAACAAGGAUAUUUUGGAGCAGGGUUCAAUCCAUCUCAGCAAGCUCAGUUCUCUCCUUACCAUCAUCAAUUCUCAAAAGACCAUGCUGGUUCAAACUUUUUUAAACAAGAAGAUGAAGAGAAGUCUAUAGAGUUCGAGGAGGAAGAACUUGAACAAGUGCCUUACACCGUUAUCGAGGAUUUUGGGACUUAUGAGCUGAGAGAAUAUCCUGAAGCUAAGUUUGCCUGUGUCAAGUCUGAAGUGGAUAACUCAGAGGAUCCUCUUGCUGGUUUAGAGAAAAUGAAUCCAUUUGAAAUCAUGAGGUCCAAGCGAUGGAAGAAGAACCCUAACGGAAUCAUGUUCAAAGAGCUCUUCAAAUACAUCGCUGGAGUUAAUAAGGACGGACAAGAGAUUGAAAUGACUCGUCCUGUCUCAACCCACCACUCCAUCAAGAAGAAGCAGGUUGGAGGAGAUGUCGAGGUUCAAGAGAUGUGCUUCUACAUCACUUCAGAAUUCCAGGCAAAUCCACCCCAACCCCUGGACAACUCUCCAGUUUUCAUUUUUGAAAGACCCGCUAUGAAAGUGUACUCCAGACAAUUUGGAGGAUUUCCUUUAACCUCAGCCACGUGGAUUCAAGAGAAACAAGUUCUAGAAAAGUUUCUGGCCGGUAAACCUCAUCAUUAUAGUGAGUAUUAUACCCUUGGCUACAACUCUCCUUGGGACAAAAACAGGAGGAAUGAAGUAUGGAUUCAGUGCUUAGAUUCUGCUGCACCUGUAAUUGCUGCUAAAGUAGAAAAUGAAAAUGAUAUCGAUAACAAGAAGGCCGAAGUUGCUGAACUAGAAAAAGAAAAUGAUAAUGACAAGAAGGCUGAGGAAGUAGAAAAAGAGGUUUCGGAAGAAGUAGCAGAAGCUGAUACUGAAGCUGUAGCUGAAGAGGAAGCUGAUGCUGAAGUAGACGCAGAGGCUGAUACCAAAGCAGCUGAAACUGAACCUGAAACUGAUGCUGAAGUGGCUGCUGAAACUGAAGAAAAAGUUGUAGAAGAAGCUGAAAAUGAAGAUGCAUAAGAUAGUCAUCAAGAUUGAAGACUCGUUUUAUAUAAAAAUUUCAAAAAUUUUAUCUAUAAAUUAUUGUGUCCUGUUGAAUAAAGCAAAAGAAUCUCAAGCUUAAAAA